GCAUCUGUCAAUUUUUCAACCCUAGUAACAUCUCCACGUCCCACUAGAACGUACAAUCUUUUCAAUUAACUUACAUUUAGUUUGUUUAUAAGCAAAAUUGACCGCGCAAGAACAAAAAGAGUCUGACAUUCAAAUUUUGGUGAGUCUGUGAGGAAGUGAUUACUGACGUUAUUAUUUUGACCAUGGGAAGCAACGGGCAUAAUCCAAGCUCAUCGCAGAUUAUUUGAUACAGCAAAAUAUCACAAAAAAACAGUGUGAAGGGAUGGUUCCUAAGACCAUAGAUAGGCAUGUGCCUAUUUUGUCUAGAUGAGAGUGAUAGAAGAUUCAUUGUGGAGAUAGUUUAGUGAAAAAUAGCUGAAGAUAAUGAAGUCCUUUGAGUGCGAAUCCUCUUCAGAAGGUGAUGAACCUACCAGUCACUCUAUCUCGCGAGUGGAAAUCAAAACACCGCAGUGGUUGAGAGGGAAUGUUCCUGGCAAUUGGGGCUGGCAAGCACCGGGUACCUCAGGCGGGCCAAGUCAUCACCAACAACCUCCCCUCGACCCUCAUCACCAUUCUCCCUUUGGAGCGAACUACUCGUCCAGUUCUCAAGAGGAGGGCCAAACGCCUGGUAGGCGAACGCCGUUGGGAGCAGUGGGACUGGGCGGAUUCUACUUCCAGGGAUGCCCUACCAACGUCAGCAAUCAACAAGAGGUGCAUAGCGAUGAGAACAACCCUGAUCCUCCUGGAUGUUCUGCCGGUCAGGCGGGGAACAGGCCUCAUCAAGAUCCUCGGAUGCAAAACUCACAACAUGCGACCUCAACCAAAGGUAAAAAUAGGCAAGGAAAAUCGGUGCGACUGAACAUAAAUGCAAGAGAGAGAAGGAGGAUGCAUGAUUUGAACGAUGCACUUGAUGAACUAAGAUCGGUGAUCCCGUACGCUCACUCUCCCUCCGUCCGCAAGCUCUCCAAGAUCGCUACCCUGCUGCUGGCCAAGAACUACAUCCUGAUGCAAGCGAACGCGCUGGAAGAGAUGAAACGCCUCAUAGCCUAUUUGCAAGGCACCGCUGGAGCUGUUGGUGCGGCCACAGCUAUCGUAGCGCCACCUGGAUUCGACCUGCAAGGCUUCCCGGCUGCCGCGAAGUUCCUGCAACAGCAGCAGAGUCUGCAGGAAGCUGCCGCAGCUGCGGCUAGGGGAGCGGAAGGAAGUGGGGGGAAUUCUGGUACUGGUGGGAGUUCACAACCUACCGGGAUGUAAUUGACUUCUUUAAAAAUGCGGUGUUUAUCGAAAACUUUGUUUUGACGCAAUACCAAUAGUUUGCCUCUGAUAAUACGGAAAGUCGGGGAAAUUUCAGAUUAGAUUCAGUAUGUACAUGGUGUUUUCAAAGUUAAGUCAUUUAUUUUAACAGCUUGUAGAACUCGUCAAGAGAAGUUGGUAUACCAGAAAGCACCUAUCUAAAAGUUGCAUAAUAAGAGUUAAUUUACAUUAUUAAAAAUUAUUUAAAAAAAUCAUUAUCAUGUUAAAUGGAUACCGUUUUUACAAAAACUGUUCAAAAUUGCCCCCAUUUGUUCGAUUAACGCAAAAUCUUGCUCGGCGAAUCCACGGCUCUUUACAAGCUUGGAAAAUAAAAUCCCGGUGUUACAAGCAGUUACAAUAAAUGACUCAACUUUGAAAACACCCUGUAUAACACACUCUAUAUUUUCAAGAUUCGCAACUCCAUGUUUAGCCGAAAAUUCUUCUAGUUUUUGCAAAAGUAAGUGACAUUUUGUAAAAACCACAUUUCGCUACUGGUUAAUAAAGAAAUGCUGACAUUCGGAAUAUAAAUAGAAUUAUAUUUGUUAAAUAAUCCGACAGAAAAUGCACAUAACUUGAAUUGGUUAGUUCUAUUUCAACUUACUAAUUUUAAAUGAUUGAUCUAGUCCCAGCACUUAACGAUAAAAAAUAGGACGCUUGUCCAAUUCUGGUAAUUAUCAAGCUCAACAUAUAGUUUUUGUUAUAAGAUCAAGUAUGUUUUUAAUGUAAUAUCUGCUGGUCAUUCUGAUAAUUCAAGUUUUUCUGACCGACUGAGGUGGCCGAAACGUCAGUAAACGGUAAAUUCCAAAUAUUUGGUUUCAUUUAAAAUCAGCCAAUUCCAAAUAUUUGGUUUCAUUUAAGAACCAAAAAAAAAGUAAUAAAAAUCGUCAAAUGGCAGGGGAUAUUUGGAUUGUUUGCGUAUGAAUUUUAUUAGGAGGUAAUUGCUAUAAUGUAAAUAGCAUCUUACUAUAGAUUUAUGUACGACGUCGACGUUAAAAACCUAUAUCUAGUCUUUAUUAGAUAUCAAUAUAUCUAAGUGAUACAAUGGAUAACAAAUAGCAAUAAAUGGUGUGAGAUUAUCUUUAUUUAUAAACAUGAGUUUGCCAUGUAAAAGUAUUAUGCAAUAAAUUAUAAAUACAUA